AUGUUUCCGGAUCCAGGCCUGACCGGGCCACCGCCUCCUACUCCUCCGCCGUUCCUUUCGCAGGCGGAUGGGGCAACGACUCCGUUUCCUUCUUUUCCGCCGGCUCCGCUCCCUGCAGUUCCCUUUCUACGCAGCGAAAACUCUUUGUUCUCGGCGUUUUCGUCCGCCUCUUCUCCCUCGAGUCGCCGCCUCAUUGGGCAGCAGCGCGUAAGCAGCGAGUGCAUUGGGCUCGACCAAGAGACGCUUGUCGUUCGCUCUGCACCUUCAUCCUCCGCCGCAGCUUCCGCGCCGUCUGCCUCGUCCGCUACGUCUGCUUCUUGUGCCUCGUCUUCGCUAGCCGUGUCCCAGAGCGACGGUGCGGCGCAGCCUUCUGCGGCGCACAGCGUGGAUCUGUAUGCCUCUCCUGUUCACCGCGAAGACUCGGGCUGCGACACCGGCUCUUCAUCCCUGACCCCCGCCGGGGGGUCCCCCAAGCAGGGGGCGCCCUCUGCGCCUCCGUCGCCCCCGAUCUGGGCGAAUUGUGAGGCCGUUGACUGGGUCCUGUCCGCGCCUUGUUCGCUGCCCCUUGCGGUUCUGCCGACGUCCACGCAAGUGCUGCACGGCUAUCUGCGAAGUCUGCGCUUCGUGGCACGGCUUCUCACUCCCUUCCUGCCGCCCGCGACCGCCUUCGGCAAUCCAGUUGGAGCCCCGAGAGACGCCUCGCCGCUCGAGUCCCUUCUGGAGGAGGUGCGCAGCGCGCUCCCGCACAAAGUCCUCGGCGGCCUCCGAUACGUGCAGGCGACGCUUGACGCCGUUGACGAGGCGCUGUGGACGAAGCUGCAGCACCUCCUGCACAAGCCGAACGACGCAUACGCCCUCCACAGCUUCUUGCUCGACAUCAUCUCCAGAGUCAAGGCUCUAGCGCCUGGCGCGACGGCGAUCUUCCCGGGCGGCGUGUGCCUGCGGGCAGACAGUCGGCCGGUUUUUCUUCUCUUUCUGGUGCAUCGCCUAUCCAACAAUGAGGCCUCUCCAUCGCCGUUCUGCGGAAACGGAGUGGGCUACGCCGCCGGCGCUUACGCCUUCGGGGUCGUCAACGCCUCUGGAUUCGGUUCCGAGUUCCACGCCUACCGGCUUGAGCAACACCCCUGCCCAGGCUCCAUUCAGCGCGACCUGUUGCUGGUGUUGGAGGACGUCGAUCCGGAUCGCCUCGUCCACUCAUCUUUCUGGUUCACGCUUUACCGCGUUCUUCUUUCGCCGUCGCCGACGAAUUUCCAUUUCCUAUACACCGUUCUUCUGCCUCACCUCAACGGCAAACCGCUGCUGCACAACUGGGUCGUCGCGCCCGCGUUUUCGCCCUCGCCGGCAUUUGUCUGUCUGUCGUCUUCUUCCAACUCGGCGGCGUCGACCUCUUCGGCCGCGUCGUGGGAAGCGAAUGUCCUCUCGUCCUUGGCUGCGGCGAUCGGCGGGGGGGGCGGCGGCGAGCAGGGGAAGGGAGAGAAUGGGGAAGGAGGCGGGCACAGUGAGAAAAAAAACGCACAAGAGGCAAACGCAAGUGCCGCCCUCGUCAAACCCGCCAAACUUGGAGGCUGCUGGAGGCCUGCUCCGCAGCUCAGAACGGCAGGGUCGGCGAUUCAAGGCGCGCAAGCUGUCGUCGUGUUUCUUCUCAGGUGUGUCGGCUUUUCUGAGGAUGAGGCGUCGAGCGGAGAAGUAUUUCUACACCUCGGCCUUGCACUUCUUCUGCUGGAUGACCUCUGUCGCCUGCCGGCGCUCGCGGCCGCCGCGCUUUCGCCGGGCUCGAGUAUCCUGUCCUCCGUGUCUCAGUGGAUCAAGAAUUGCGCAGUUGGAGGCGAAAAUGUGCCUGGCUUAGGGUCCUCCGCCCUGUCGCCUCUCGCCUCUUUCGGCUUUGACCGGCCGCAGGCACUCCUCGUCUCCUUCGCCAUGCAGAACCUGGGUCGGCUCGCCAGCGACCAGGCCUGGCAGCGCGCCUUUUUCUCGUCUUCUGCGCGCUCGCUCCUCCUCGCGCCGCAGUACAAAUGUAUCUACGACACACUCCUGCGGCUGAAGGGCGAGACGAACGCGCGGCUGUCUCCCUCUGCGCGCGGCUUCGGCGCAGGCGGAUGCACGCUGCAGCUCGCUGCCUGCGCACCCGGGAUCCGGUUCCCUGGCGCUGCCGCCUUUCCGCACUUUGGCAGCUUCCGCCUGGACGGCGCCUCGCGCGACAAGGAAGCGGGGCAAACCGCUGCGCUGCCGUUUCUCCUCCCCGUUGACCUCAGCUCCGUCGCCGAGAGAAUCGAAACGGUAGACGGCGUCCUCAAGGCGCUGCGGAAGGCAGUCGAGGCGUGUGUGCUGCUCGCCAACCAGGAGACGCGCAUGCAGAACUCGUACUGCUUCAGAUUCCAGUUAAUCGUAGACCUGUUUCUGCGGGUCCUGCCGCUUCCUCUGCCGCCAACAGACCCGAUGGUAUCGCAGAGUCUGUGGCAUGCAGCGGCGCUCCGCCGCGACACGCAGAUCGAGUUGCUUCGUCUGCUGCACUGUCUGGCGCGGUACUUCGCUUCAACGUUCUUUUCGCUCCCCAACUCUCGCUCCAUGGACGCCGAGCGACUGACGACCAUGGCCGCGAUCUGCUGCCUCGUGGACUGCAUUCUUCGGCUGCCCGCGUGCGACGAUCCGUCGACGAUUUCGCUCUUUUACUCCGGGCAGGCUGAAGGGCCUGUUGCGCCGUUCGUCUUUGACAUCGCCGGCUUCGCUGAGGAGUCGUCUUUCCUGCUCUUCUAUGAUCCCGUCUGCGCGACGGCGCGCACGCAGAUUUUGGAUUACUUCAGCGCGCUGCGGCGCGACGUCCCUGCCUCGCACAUUCUGUUCGCCUGGGAGAAGGGCCUGCACUUAGGCGAGGGCGACCGUCUGUUUCUUGAGCAACUGGCGCUGCCCUGGGCCUUUCCGCGGCAGCGCCCCGGCUUGGAGCUGUAUCUCUCUGGAGAAAAGAGCGAGCUGAUUGAUUUUUUCCCCGAGCUGGGGUACCUCCGUGACGUCGUGUUCAUGUUCAAGGCGCUGAUGAGUCCCGCCGCGAAUGCCUUGCCCGAGCUGCGCCGGUGGACAGUCUCCGAUGCGACGCUGCGGUGGCGGUUCGACCCGACUGAGCAGCUCUUCACGGUGACUGCCUUCCAGAAGAAGUUGAAUUGUUCCUUCUUCGGCAAGGAGAACGACUACUACGAGAAGAUGAAGAAGGCGCAGCGGGGCGGCGGCGCGCUGUAUCGCCAGGGCCUUUUCCAGCGGCUCGCGCAGUGGCUGGGCGUCGGCGAGAAGCCGCGCGCGCCUCCUUCGGGGGCGGACCCUUCAAACCUCCUUCCCGCGGCUUCGCUGGCGGCUGGCGAGCGGAUCACCUCCGAGGAGGAUGUGCUCUACAUCGCGAAGCUUCCGACCUUCAACGGGAGCCUCCGGCCUCAGGACUGCGAGCUCCUUCUGCAGUACCUCACGGCGCCUUACCUGCGUAUCCCGCUCGUCACGCAGUUUUUCACCGAAGAGGGACGCGCGGACGCGCUGGCGCUGCCGCAGCUGCAGCACGUGCUCGCGGCAGUACUCUUCGAGCCUUGGCAUUUCCAACACGAAGCGGAGAAGGAAGCCCCGCAAGUCGUCCCUCCGGUCAGCCGCGACUACCUCGCCACGCCGCUGGGGCUUCUCUUCAACGAGCUGCGCCACUCGCCUGAGACGCUGCUCUCCUCGCUGGCUGAGCUCCUCGAGAUCGCAGUCGACAAGGAGACCGGCGCGUACACAGGCCCCAGCACCCUCCUGCUGCUCUUUGUCAUACGCGUCAUCGUGCGCGUGCAGAGCUACGUGCUCUGCAUCCUCCGCCACGACCAAUACUGGCGCCACAGCUGGCAAGGCGCCAACGUUCCCUCCGCGAGCGAUGUCGCGCAUCGCAGGCGGAAGGCAGCCGGCGAGGGAGGGGAGAGCGCUCGCUCCACGAGGCAGACAGAAACAGGGAAGCCGAAGGACGCGGAGACAUCUGCGCAGCAGGGGCUGCCUGUGAGUCGCAGCGGAUGGGCCGCGCGCGUGCGGGGCCUCUCGGGCAUGUCGACCAAGAGUCUGGCGACGCUCCGAAGCUGGCAAGAAAAACUCCAGGCCCGUCUCCACGGCGAAGUCCUGCAUCUGCUCGAGACGUGGGCCUACAAAGCUGUGGCUGACGCAGACGUCCGCGCGGCUUGCCGGCUGUAUGCUCACAUCGCUUUGCUGUACCAGAACUGCGUCUGGGAAGACCUCAAUCUGCACUCCGUCUCUGCGCUGCUCGUCUCGCUCUUCUUCAUCUUCUCACACCACAAAUUCUCCCUUGAACUCCCUCUCAGCGCUGCCUUCACCGCCGCGGGAUCCCCCGCGACUCCGCCCGCCCCAGGAGGGGCCCCCGCAGCCACAGGGGGGACCCAGGCCACGGGCGCGUCUCCGAACCCGACCGCCGGCGUGGCGGGAGGUGCGGCCAGCCGGCCCUCCCCCCCACUGGGCGUCGCCUCCCCGUUUUCAGGAAUUACGGGUGGCAGUGUCUCUGGUGUCACUGCCUCGGGGGCUGGCUUCAACAACAGCGCUACAGCAGCCGCGAUGGGGGUGAAGCGGCCCGGCACUCCCCGCCUGACUUUGGGCUCCACGACCGCGGUCGGAGGGGUCUCGGGGACAGCGGGGGAUGCGGGAAGCGGGCUCGAUGGCAGCGGUGGGGCGCAGGAGGGUGCGGGCGGCGGGUCGUCCUCGAGUGCUUCCUCUCCCGUUAACUCCGAAGACGCAGAGGCUCUCUUGGGUGGCGACUUGCUCGGAAUUUCUGACAUGGCCGUUUUCCAGCUCCUGCAGCUGCAUCGCCUUCAGCUGCUGCGGUGGCUCGAGGCUCAUCCAGGUGACAGGGGCGCGAACGAAGUGCUGGAAGCUGUCGUACGCACCGCCACCUUCACUGGCAAGCGCGCGCGCCGAGGCGCCAGCGGGCUCGUGUCCCUUCUCUCUGGAGCAGCGGGCCGCGGCGCGGGAGACACCAAUGUGGACCUCCUGGGGCUCGAAGAAGGCCCAGAGAAGAGCACUCUUGGGGACGAGAGCGCGGAGGUGGCGAGCCUCGUUGUGUCUCAAGCUGCUGGGGGAGAAGUAGGCGAAGCGAGCGCGCAUCUCUCUGCUGGCAGGGGCGGACGUAGGCGCGGGGAGGAAGAUGCGCUCGUCGUCCGCGAGUGGAGAGAGGUCGGGGACAGGGCCACAGCUGGAGGUGUCGGCGGUCGGGGGCGGUUCGCGCCCGAGUCGCUGGCGUCUGCAGGCGAAGAGGCGGGGGCGGGGUCGCCAUCGGGGCAAGAAGACGGCGACGAAGAGAGACAGCAGAGCAACCCAGAGCGCGGGGGCCAAGAGGGCGCGGAUCAGGGAGCGAAGGGAGGAAAAACGAGCAAGCCUGGAAAGAAAACGAAGGGGGCGACUGGGGGAGACUCUGUCAUGAGUCGAUUCAAGAGAUUUGUUGGUGCAGGAGGAGACAAAGGCGACGCAGGAAACGCGCUGGAAGGUGAGACGGGCCUGGAGAGAUACGAAGAGUGGUUACGGAAGCAGAUCGAUGUCCCAGGAGACACAGAAAUCAACCUACAGCUGGCGGAGUUCACGCUGAAGCGGAAUCAGAUGGAAAUGCUAGGCGAGUGGGCGAACGACUUUGCAGACUUCACGGAUUUGUUUGGCUUCGUGUCGCGCGAGUCGUCUUACCAGUGUGCGCUCGUCUCCAACACGACGCAGCGUCUCUGGUGCCGGCUGGUCGGGCGGCGCUACGACUUGCAGCGCUGGGAGCCGCCGGCGACGGAUGCGUUUCUCACCCCAACCGGAGGGCCGUUUGCCUCUCUGCUUCAGGACUUUACGCGCGUCUACUCGCCCUCUGCGUCGCUCGCGGAGGACGAAGCGUGGGUGGCGGCGAUCCUUAACCCGUGGCUCGCGAAGCGCGUGCUGCCGCCAAAUGCCGUUCUGCUUCUCCCGCGUGUGCAGGGCCCCAGGUACAUCGCCGUCGCCUCUUCGUUCUUCACGUCGACCGCGGAGAAGAUAAAGGGCGCCCUCGCCAGCGACAGGCCGGCCGCCGCCGGCGACGCGGAGCCGGAGGAGGCAGCCCGCAGUGAGCGCGAGAAGAGCCUCAACGCGGAAGGGACGGAGAAACCGAAGGACGCGCUGCGCACGAAAAGAGAGGGGGAGGCUGGGGGCGGCCAGAAGGGCGUCGCGAGCCCCGCCGACGAGCCACAGGAAACGAUUCAGGCUCCGUUCGUGCGACUCCUCUGCUUCUGCGAUCUCGAGGUCGCGACGCAUGCAGGCUGCGCCGUCGGCGCAGGCGAGGGCAGGGCCCAAAACGCCGACGAAGGCGUGACAGGCGGUCUAGGGGAAGAAGGCUUCCAGUCGUUCUAUGCGCCCGAGGUCGUUGUGCCUCCGCGGAUCUCUCACUACCACCCUCUCGACCUGCAAGACGUAGCCACGCUCCUCGCCGCUGGAGACGUUGAAGACAAACCGUCCAACGAAGGAGUCGCAGCUGCACUCUUGAGCGGCGCGGCGGCGACGAUUUCUGAGCUUUCGGGCGUCGGCUCUUCUGCCUCUUCGUCCUCCUCUUCGUCGGCGAUUCCGGCGCCGACGGUGCGCGUGCUGAAGGAGAUCGUCGUGCAGCGCGACCCGCCGCUGAUCCUUGUCUUCAACCUCGUUGAGCACGGGCGGCGUCUCUUCCGCGAGCUCUGCUACGUGUCUGAUGCGCGGCACAGCUUCGACUCCGUGGCUCCCAAGCGCCUCGACGAGACCGGCUUCGCGCCCGCUGCGUCGCUGUCGCCGGCGGACGCGUCCUCUGGCUCGUUCGCCCUGUUCAACGCGCCGGCGCCCGCGCUGUGCACCGGCCUCGCCUCGGCGUUCCCGCGCUCGGGCUGGCGCGGUCCGGUCUCCUUCUUCGCGACGAAGGAGGCAAAAGCCGAGGAGGAGAAAGCGGAGAAGGAGAAGAGCGAACUCAAGAAAGACAGUCGGGGAGCCGUGCGGCGAGCGAGAAGCGAUCUGCGCGCCGCCUGGCCCACCCUGGUUGUGGCUAGAAACCUCGACGCCGCGGCGGGCGAGGAGACUUACGUCCCGACUCGAUUUCUCCGAGGCCUCAUCCCCUUCUCGCUGCUGGAGGACUACGAGUUCUGGCAGCGCGCCAGGGACGGGCGCAUCUGCGGGUUGCCGCGUCCGCGCUCGGCGUCGCACGCGUCCAGCUCCGCGGCGCGCUUCGCGAUUCACGUUUCUCUGAUUCACACCAAAGCCGCCCUGGCGGGGAAGAAGUGCGUCGAGCUGUCUGAAGCCUCUGCAGUCGUGCAGCGCGUGCCUCUCAAGGCGAAAAGCAAAGCGCGGCCUUUGCCCGCGGCCGCAGCGGUCGCCAGCGGCGGCGAGGACGACAGGCACGCGGUGCAGGAGGAGACGCAGACGCUCUUCAAUCUGCAGCUGGUCGAGAGAGGCAAUCCGCUGUUUGAGGUCGUGGAGAGUCUGAAGCGCGUCGAGGAGCUGAGUCACAUUCUCGUCUGGAGCACCGGCGGCGCCGCGCCCGAGAGCCACGACGACCUCGCCGCUCUCAGGCAGCCGCUCGCCAUGGACUUAAUCGAGCUCCCAAGGCUCGGUCUCACGUUCCGCGCGCAACGCCCACCUGUUCGCUCCCCGACUGCGGCCGCGUCCCAGGGCGCCGCCGCCCCUGGCAAGGCGCCAGCGGCUCCUGCGCUGACGACGAAGUACUUGUGCGAGCAGCACAGCGGGCUCUUCUUGUCGACGGGCGAGAUUCUCAAGUCGCCGCUGACGGCGCGGCUGAUUCAGGGCCUGCCGCCCUCGCUCCUGCUGUCGAACGAAGAGGGCGACCUGUUUCUCCUUCUCGCCGCGACCGCCAAGCCGUACCGUGUCUUCCCGCGGGCCUCGCUCGCCCUGCUUCCGUCGCCGGCGUCGCUCGGCGAGGACGGGGGCGGGUGCGGCUCCAGCGCGAGUGGGCACUCGCUGGGAGGCGCAGACGCGCGAAGGAAGGAUGAAAAGAAGGACAGAGGGUGCGGCAGAGCCGCGGGAACGAGUGCAGUAGGCCAGGCAGUGGCUGCGUUCAUGCGCGGCGGAAAAGCCGACCAGGACGCGGCAGAUGGAAGGGGCUGUAUAUACAGCGCGCAACACCUUCUGGAUCUGCUUGAGCCGUCGGUAGUGUUCGACUAUUCAGACUCGCACUGGCUGUCGUCUCUGCGCGGGUCGCGGCACUACGUGUACCCGAUUCACUCUUCGCGUUCCUUCCUCUUCAUCCCGACGGCGGCGGCGGGGCUGUACCUUCUGCUGCUGCGUUACUUGGCGCGGCAGUACGCAGAGGUUUGCCAGCUCGUGGAGACGAUUGUCUUCGCGGAAGACGCCGAGAAGACCUCCCUGGAGGAACAGCAGAUCUGGCACCUCAUCGGGCAGCUGCAGGUCUUCAACCGGGACUCGCACCCCGACGCCCACGCCUGUCGCGUCAAGCUUUGGCUCGCGGCGCAUCGCCAGGGUCUCACGAGCUGCGGCCUCGGGGCGGAGCGGCAAGAGGCGUCAGCGGGCGAGGGCCUUCUGGGCGGCGCAAACGCCUGCGACGGCGACGGCCGCGAGAGCGACGCAGGCGGCAGGGGCGGCGACAGCGAGAGCGGCCGCGAAGGCCGGAAGCGCGGACUCAGCCGAAAGCCCACCAGCAAGUCUGCCUCCUCCUCCUCGGCGCCUGCAGGGGCUGCGGGCGCGGAGCGCGACCGGCACAAGGCCUGCUCCCGCGGCGGGCCGCUGGGGCAGGCGCGGCGUCCUCGGCCUCUGGAGAAGAAAAAGGGCGGCAAGGGCUCGUGGUUCUCGCAGUUUGGGCCUAAGCGACUCCUCGCCUCGUCCGCCGCGCGCCAGGGCUACGACGGCGAGAAGGCACGCGGAGGAGGAGGCGCGGGGGGGCUCGGGUCGGGGGGGAGCCCGCUCGCUCCUGGGGCAUCGGGGCGGGCUUCGGGGGAGGCGGCGAGCGGGGCCUCGGCCGCUGGGCUCUUCCGAUCUUUUUUUGCCUCCUGGGACAUCUGUCAGGAUUUGUUGCUGUAUGUGCGCAAGGCGCGCUUCGUCUCGGCGGCCUGUCGCCUCUCCCUCGAGGAGGAGUUGGAGCUUCUGCGGCUCUGCCCUGCCCAUCUCCAGUCGCUCCCCGAGGUGGGGAACCGACUUGCGGUGCUCGUGGCGAUGCUAGACGGCACGCAUGCGGCUCCUGCGAAGAAGCCGCAGGCCCCCGCUGCCGGCGGGGGGGACAGCGCGGCGGUAGACAUCUCGGGAUCCGCACCUCGCACCGCCGCCGCCGCGCCGCAGGCCUCCAGUGCCUUGGUGUCCGUGGCGUCGCUGACCGUGCCGGCGAUUCCCCACAUUGACGACUUUGACACCGUGGCGUACUCGAGCUGUUUGUCGUCUUCGGAGGACUGGUCGCUCUCGGCGUUCGUCGAUGCAUGCAGCCACUUUGUGUCGAAUUUCGCGGUGCGGCGGGCGGAUCACGAGGACGCGCUCCAGGGCCCAGAAGCGCUCUCGUUUGUCGGCAAGCUCGCAGAGAAUGGCAUCCGGCUUGCGGACUUUUUGCUGCUCUACGAGCUCCUCACAAAUGCCUUCCCCCUACGUGUCUUCCCCGGCGAGGCGCCGCACCUCUGGGGCGCGCUCUUCACCCGGUUUCUGCCGUCGUGGGACGUCAAGUCGAAGAACAAGAGCGUGGCGAUCCUGCGUGUGCUCAUGGACAACCCGGCGCUCGCCGCCAGCUUCCCCCACCUGCAAGAAAGCGACAAAAAGUCACGACUGCCGUCGCUCGGCCUCGUCUUCCGCACGCAGGAGCCCUUUCAGCGGCUCCUGAAGGACAUUCAGCAGACGCUGGCAGACCUGCAGAACUCGGGGAAGCUGAAAAAUCCGCGAGUCCUGCCCGCGGGGCUCCUGCGCCGCAUCCCCAACGCGGUCAGGGUCUGGCCUGCGGCAGCCUGGCAAAAUCGACGCGCGCUGUCGCUCCGCGUGCUUGACUACUCCUGCGCCUCUCGCGCGCUCUUCCCCGUGGAGGGAAAACGCUACGAGGCAGUGUUUGCUGCCUACGCCGAGCAGCAAAAAGUCGCGCUCGCCAGCCUCGCAGACGCCCAGCGCGACGGCAGGAGCCCGGCUGCAGCGGGCGGCGAGGCCCCAGGCGCAGGCGGAGGGAGGAAGACGGAUCCUGCGGCGGAGAAGACGAAGAAACCCGAGGUGGACGAGCGCCAGCAGAGCGACGAUGCGGCCGCGGCGCGCGGCGGCAGAGCGGAGGGGCGCGACGCGCUCGGCGCGGACGAAUGGCUGCUCACCAAAGAGGCGAUCGAGGUCUUCGCGGCGCAGCCGCUCGCCGGCCUCGGGCUCGCGAACUUUGUCGUGUGGGAGACAGAGGAAGCAAAGGAGAGAACACCGAAGAAGGGAGCACUGCCCUUCGUACUGGAUCACCAUCCCGCUGCGCAGACGCGCAUCGGACAAGCAACCCUCGAGAGACUCCGCCACGAAGUCCAGACUUACGACGAACAGGUUUCCAAGCAUUCUCAGCCGAUCCUCAGGGGCUUCUCGCGCCCCGAAGUCCGCGGGAUGCUGUGCAACUCCUCGUCGCUCGCGAAGGUCGUGGCGUUCCUCUCGUCGCUGCGGCAGCGGCUCUUCCAGUCGUUCCUGUCGGACGGGAAGUUCGUGGAUCGCGCCAUUCGUUUGAUAUCCGCGGUCUGCAACUCGCUGCCCGAGUUCAGUCCUUCGGCGUGCGGCGCGGAGGGGGAGGAGGCGCGCGAGCGAGACGACGAACGCGGCGUGAGCGCCGAAGACGCCGACGCCUCCGCGGCGGCCUUCGAGGCACUCGUCACGCAGGACAUCCUCAGCAAGCAGAGCUCGGCGCUCGCGCAGGAGCGCGGUGCCGAAGAGGGCGGCGGACGAGGCUCGGCGCAUGUGCAGCAGUGGCUGUUUGGCGCGGGAGAGGGAGGAGGGAGCUACGAGGAAAGCAGAAAAGGAAGCAAACAAAAAACGCUCGCGCAGCUCGAGUGGGCUUUCACGCUCGGCAAGCUCGCCGGCGACGAACCCACCCUGUCCUUCGACUUCCUCGUCUCCCUCAUGAUGAGUCAAGACGCCGAACAGUACCUCCAAAAAAUCAACCCCUUCCUCGACCGAGGCAUGCUUCUGGACGUGUUUAGUCUCGUGGGCGGCGUGCUGCUCGCGGUCAAUCGGCGUGCACAGGUCUGUCGCUGUCUGCGCGAGGUGGUAUGCCUGAUGCGGCUUCUGAAGAAGCACUCGACAGCUCUGCGCGGCUCGGCGUCGUCGCUCGACAGGGGCAAGGCGUCCUCUCCGCGGAUCUCGAAUAUGCUGCCUUACACCUGUCACCGGGAGCACGCGGAGAAGUCGCUUCCUGCCUCGUCUUCUUCUGGGGUUGCUGCGGCGCGGGCGGCGGUGUCGGCGGCGGAAGAGAGGCGCGACCCCGACGGCGAGGAGGUCGAGGACUUGGAGCAGGCCAUCAUCGCCAUCCGCAUGCGCGCGGCGAGUUGCGCCGAGCAGCUCACGGCUAAGCGUCACUCGAUGCACCCUGAGUCAGCUGCGCGCGCGUCUCUGGAGUCUUCCUCGUGUGGUGGCGGCGCGCACGCGGUGUCCUAUGAUCCACGCUACCUCGUGUUUGAGUUCGCCUACAACCUUCUGCUGCGCGGUUCGCAGGUGGCGCUCCUUGAGCAGUUUCAGCAGCACGUGCGCGAGGGGCGUUCGCUGUGUCAUCAGAUGAUCAUGGGCGCUGGCAAAACGACAGUCAUUUCUCCGCUUUUGGCUUUGCUCCUGGCUGACGGCUCACGGCUGGUUGCGGAAGUCGUGCCGCUCAACCUCCUCGAGUUCACGCGCUCGGUCCUGCGCGAGCGCUUCUCCGCAGUCAUCCGCAAAGGCGUGCACACCCUCCACUUCUCGCGCUACAGCCACGCCAGCCAGCAUGUCUACCUGAAGCUCCUCCAGGCAAAGGAGACAAAGUCGAUCGUCCUCUUUGACCCCACCACGCUCAAGAGCUUCUUCCUCAAAGCAAUCCACCUGCUGCACACCCUCGACCUUGCGUACCGAGCCAGAGAGUACAUCGAAGAAGUCCAGCGACUCUCAGAAAUUGAAAAAGCUGUCAUCGCGGGCCGCUCGCAACUCCAGAAGCUCCAGACCAACUUCGCCAAGCUACUCGGCCUCCAGAAAUCCGACGACCGCGAUCUCGGCCACCUGGACCCCGCGUCGCUUUCGGUUCCCGAGCGCCUGACGGAGCUCGAGCUGCGUCAGUGCCGGCGGGAGCUCGACUUUUCUCUGCGAAUUCUGCACAUCUUCUCCACCGGCGUCCUCUUGAUUGACGAGAUCGACCUCAUCCUGCAUCCGCUGCGCAGCGAGCUGCACUGGCCAGUCGGCCGCAAGCAGCCGCUGGACUUCACCACGCGCGAUUCUUCGCUUCUGCCGCUGCCAGCCUCCUCAGUGCGCCCGUCGGCGUCGUCAGCGGCGCUCUACUUCUCGCAGAGAGGCGCGGCGCCCGCGCGCGCGCUGGCGGCGGACGCCGCCAGCUUCCGUGAGGCGCCCCAGGAGGGGGCCUGGGGCGAGGCUGCCCCGCAGGGCGGGGCGCCUGCCCCGCCCAGAGACCCGCCGCUGGCCUUCCUGUUCCUCGAAGAAGACCGCGGAGGCGGCCUGCGUUGGAAGCUGCCGUGGCACAUCCUCGACGCGCUUUUCUUCUGCGAGGGCGACGCCAAGGGGACGCCGCGCGGCUCUCGGCGGAGGCGCCGGCGCGCGGCUGAGGAUGGGCAGAUGACUGUGCCGCUCACCAACAGUGCGGAGGCGUGGAAGACUUUGGCGGAGAUCGGAAAGGCCAUCAAGGCAGGACUAGCGCAGAAGGCCCUCCUGAAGAAUCCGCACUUUGUGCUGCUCUCCGUCAGCUGGUAUGAGGAACAGCUCAAGCCCCUCCUCGCGCAGUGGACACUCCUCGGCCUGACUGUUUUCUGGAAAUUCGCCGGUCUCACCGACCAGCAGGCGCUGCAGUACCUGACGCUGCCGCUGGACGUGGGGCCCUCGGCCUCCUCCCGCGCGGCGGCUGCGGCCUGUCCGGCGGGCGAAGGCAUGAGUGCCGCGUCCUUCAGCGGCGACUUGAUGUACGUAGAUCUCUUUGAGGCCGUCGAUCGGCUCCAAGACGGUCACGUCAAGCUGCUCAACCUGGCGAGAGAGUGGCUCAACAGCCUCUUGCCCCAUGUACUCAAGAAAAUCAACCGAGUCAGCUACGGCGUGAUGACAAUCCCCGAGCUGGAGCAGCACCUGCGCUUGAAUCCGGCGCUGCCGCGGACUCGCCAGCUGCUCGCCAUUCCGUUCGUGGGCAAAGACACGCCGAGUCAUGCCUCUGAGUUCGCGCACCCCGACGUCGUGAUUGGCGUGACGAUUCUCAGCUUCCGCUACCAAGGCCUGCGUUUCUUCGACUUCCUCGCAGUCCUCUCAGACCAGCAGGAGCGCCUCGAGACGCACCAUUGCCUCGCCUUCGGGGGCCUCUCCUCGAGGCUGCCCUUCCGCGAGUACGUCCAGUGGGUCGCCCGCGCGGGCGGCUGUGUCCGGGGGACGCGGCGGCGCCUCGACCGCGACACGGCCUGGCUGCGGAGCCUUUUCACUGGCCAGGAGCUGGCGGCGCAGAGCCGCGCCCGCGGGGGCGGCGAGUUCGCGGGCAAAGGCGCCCGCAUCGAAGAAGACGCGCGAACGCUCACGACGUCCGCAGGCACGGCGAGCACGGAGAGCUCGGACUCGUUGUUUUCCAGCGAAGAAGAGGCGGAGAGAGACGCGAAGACAGGCGCAGAGGGGGACGGCGAAGGCCCGCGAGAAGGCAAGGUGAGAAGGCGGUUUUUGCGCCUGCGAGGCCUCCGGGCGCGCAGACCCUCGCGGCGGAGACCGCGGCGCGAGAGCGGCCUGCUGGGUGGCGCCGUGGGGUCUGCGGCGGCGUCUCGGCGCCCGCUGCACGCGUACCCGCCAGACGUCGACGAGCACGGCGGCCGCACGACCACGCGCGACUUGGAUUCGCUCCUUUUUCAAAAAAUGUGGCCCCUAGACCUUCUAGAUCUGUCUAACCGGGAGCACGUGGACUGCGCGUACAGACUGCUCUGGCGCGAGCCGCUUGUGAUUGCCGCUUAUCUCUUUCGGCUGGUCUUCCCCUCGACGCUCGAGUACGCAGGUCAGCAGCUCUCGGCCUCUGGCCAGGAGAUCGGCGGCGACAUGCUGUUCCCGAUUCGGCUGGGGUUCUCCGGAACGCCCUCGGACCUGCUGCCGGUCGAGAUGGGCGCGUGCAACUACGAGGCGGGGACCGACGGGAAGAUGCUAAAGUGCCUCACAGACGCCUCCGUGCUCUCCUUCCAAGUCCUCCAAGAGAGCUGGACUGUGGAGACGCUCCUCGACUUCGUCGCCAACAACUCGGGCGGCGCCGAGAGACGCAGGACCGGCGCGGCGGCCGCGCCGCACGCGCCGCAUCAGGACAAGCAGGACCCGGGAGGGCGGCAGGUCGCGGGCGGAGGCGUGGACGAACGAGGGGGAGGGGGACGCCUGGGCGGGCGCCCGCUCGCGCUCAUCGACACCGGCGCACUCAUCACGGGGAAAUCGAAUCUCGAAGUCGCCGCGACCCUCCUCUCCAGGGGCCUUCCAGACAUGGAGGGCGUCGUCUUCCUCGAUGAACAGGACCGGCAAAUGGUGCUCGUGCGAGAAGACUGGAAGGUCGUCAAGCUCGCCCAGUGCGGCAUCGCCGUGGACAAGCGCUUCACUUUCUACGACCACGUUCAUACGACGGGACAGGAUAUCAAGCAGGCGCCAGACGCGACUGCCUUCCUCACCAUCGGCAAAGACAUGACGUUCCGCGACUACGCGCAGGGGGCUUGGCGCAUGCGCGGCAUCGGCAAAGGCCAGAAGAUCUGCCUGCUGCUUCCUCCCGAAAUCGCAGAGUUGGUUGUGAAGCACGCGCGCCUCGCGCAGACCCUGGGCUUCGGUGAAACGCUCUUCCCCAGCGAGGAGGCCGCAGACCAGGCGACGAAGGCGCCCUCGGCGUCAGGGAGCCUGCGGGCGAUGUUCAGGAGCGGCGCGCCGUUCGCGACUCCAAGGCAAGCCAGCGCACACCUCCCUCCGCUUCCGGCUUCAUCUCCGUCGUCGCUCGGCUCGCUCGCGCCUUCCUUUCCUCCCCACGGCGCAGCGCGGCCAGCAGGCGACGGCAGCCGGGACGCGUCGUUCGCGAAGGCCGCGGACGCUUCGCUGGGCAAGCGCGAGAGCGGGGCGCCUGUCGCGGAGAGGCGACGGUCAGUUCUGACGCCUGAGCAGACUGCGCGGGGCCUGGCGGAGAUUUGCAGUUGGCUGGUUGUUCGUGGGAUCGCGACUGAGUCGCUGCAGUCGCGGUUGCUGUCGCAGCAGAAUCUGAUGAACAUCUGGCGCAAGCAGGCUUACGGGCGGCUGCAGUCGGAUCACUCGAGCAUCGGUACGUCGGAGACCUCGUCGUCGCUGCUGCGCUGUCUCGACGUGUUUCGCGAAAAGAUCGAGUUCAGCGUCGCCACCCAGGCGCCGGUUCUCAUGUCCCUCCGCGACAAGCUCGGCGCGAUGGCGGAGGCGCAUGCAGAGCUGCUGGAUGGCGCAGACGCGGCGGAGAGCGCUCGCGUGAAGCAGAAAGUCCUCGCGAUCCUCGUGCGAGUGCAGCAGGAAUCCGAAGACGCGCGGCAACACAAGCAAGGCAGCGCGCUCUUCGCGGCCAGCCCGGCGCUCUUCAGCGAAGUCUUUGAUGGCGCAGACACCGGCCGCAUAGACGCGAUGGAGGCUGAAAUCGAGCAGGAACAGGAGCAGGAACAGGAACAAGAGCAGGAACAGGAGCAGGAACAAGAAGUUGAGCAGGAGAAGGAAGAAGAGCGCGUUCCCGAGGCGGAGGAGGCCCCGGCGCCGCUGCGCUACUCACGGACAGACCAGGAGCACAAGCCGUGGCUGCUGCAGACGCUGUCAGCGCCGCCAGACUACCACACGCAGGGGUUUUACCCGUUUGCGGAGUUCUCGGUCUUCCACAAGCUCUCGCAGAAGCCCGGAAAGUCGCUGCCGUUCCCCCGCUACCUCCUCAUGUCCGGAAACCACUUCCGCCCCUCGUGGAGCUACAACUCGCAUCGCCGCCUGAAGAACGUGAUCAUUGUCAUGGAGUGCCUGCCAGACUGGGGCGACGGCGAGCUCGACGACGGAGAGGGAGAGGCCGCGGCACCCGGUGUGGCAGAUCUCCAGGGAGAAAACGCAGGCGACGCGCCGGCGCGCGCGGGCGACGCGGAGUGGUGGUGGCGACGCGGCAAGCAGCGCGAAGAGGAGAAGCGAAAGGCGGAAGAAGUCAAGCUAAGGCGGCAGCGCGUCAAGGAGGUGUUUGAUCUCUUCGACACCCAGCAGAAGGGCUACAUCGAAGAAAGCGACUUGCCUGAACUCCUCCGCGCCUACCUCCUCGAUGUCGGGACUCCCGUCGAAGGUCAGGCCCUCGCCUACAUCGUUCUGCGCCGCAUCCUCCAGCGAAGGCGAAAGCUCAGCAGAAGCCUCGCUCCUAGCGCCGGCGCAGGCGGCCGCCUUGCGUCGUCUGCCUCACCGUCGUCGUCUGUGCUGUCGCAGGCUUCCGCGCGCGUGGCGGCGGCGAUCGGCGGCAUGAAUCCCCUGAGCCUGCGACACCGAAGGGCAUCUGCCUCGUCGUCAACGUCGCCUCCCCCGGCCUUCGCUUCGCACUCUUCAUCGCCCUACGCCUCGGCGAAGGGCGACAGCGCCCCAGCGUGCCCUGCGCCUGUCGCCGGCGAGCGCGGGGGGAGGCGGACGGCGGCGACGCAGAUGGACUCCCUGGCGGCGCUCUUUGGCGGAGUAGGCAAGCCGGCGGAGGCGAAAAAAGGAGACACUCGCGGCGACGAAAUCGUCUUCGAGCCCGAUCCGUUCUCCCUGUUCGCGCCGCAGCUUGGGCCGCCGCCGGCGGUCUGCCCGCCAUCGGGCGGGCAGACCGCCGUGCAGGGUGUGAGCUCAGACAACUCCGAUCUCCUCUCGAGCGGGCUUGCCUUCUCCGCCUCACCCGCCGGGGCUUCUUCCGGCGGAGGGGGUCUCCUGGGUCUCGAGGGGCUGACGAGCCCCGUGCGGGGCGCAGACGCGCCACAGGACGCUCUCGUUUCCGGCCUUUCGCCGCCGCCGACCGCCGCGUCGUUGCCUCUUCUCUCUGAUGGUUUGGCCGCGUCCGGCGCACCUGCGCAGCCUGCGCAGGCUGGAGGGUUCCCUCCGCUUCAGCUGCGUGCCGCCGGCGAGGGCGAGGAGAGGAGGCAAGACGGGAAGCUCGAGAUCACGGUUGAAGACCUCGAGUUUGCUCUCAGUGACUCGCUCUUGUUUCAGCAUAAACCGGAUCGCUUCUUCGUGGUUUUGACUCUGGAGGAGGCCGAAGGCGUCCGCGCCGCGCUCCACGUCAUGCAGGAACAGAAUUCGUCUUCUCUCGUCAAAGGGAAGAGAUGCGCUGUCGCGCUCAGAAACCUCUCUGCGCGAUUCCAGACGGUCGACGCCUCGCCGCUCUUCCAAAAGAAAAAGCACCGACUUGCGUCGCUUCUCGGCGUCCAGUCCCAGACUGCGCACGCCUGUUCACGGUUCCUGAACAGCUGUCUGCUUUACUCGAGCCGCCACAUUUCGCUGCUGCUCGACGUGCUGCGGACAACACCGUGUCAGGACCGCGAGGAGUUCUUUUUCGCGGUGCGGCAGUGUCGGCGGCGGAACCAGGCGGCAGACUGGCGCCAGCUCUCCGUCGCGCGGUUGUUCUCAGCCGCCGAAGACACCGCAGUCCUCCAGGUUCGCACGCUACUGACCGGCCGGCUGCGCCGCGUCCUCCGCGACCGGCACAUGUCUGCAGCCGACGCCUUCCGCGCCUUCGACGUCCUCCGCAGAGGGUCGCUGCAGCCCGCGGAGCUUCUCGCGGGCCUCGAGUGGAUCGGCGGCAAGCAGCUCGCAGCACUGGCCGCAGUCCGCGGCGCGAGCGGCGCCAAGGACGCCGAGGCGCUCCUGAGGUUCUUUGACCUCGACCGGGACGGCGUCGUCAGCGAGUCGGACUUCCUCGCCGUCGUCGGGGAGCAGCUGCCCGCGCGCCAGGACGUCGCACACGAGGGGCGCAACGCGGCGGAGCAGCGGCUAGAGACAGAGGCCAGGGGUGGAGCGGCGCGCGGCGACGCGGGCGACGUCGCCGGUCGGAGAGAUGGCACGCAGCCCUCCCUCGCGUCGCAGCCGAGUCUGGGCGAGCGCGUCCUCGGGGCGGUUCUUGGAGAGGCCGCGCCGCUCUCGGCGGGCGGGAAGGGCGCAGAGGAGGGACGCAGCCCCGGCGCGGAGUUGUGGAGGCUCGCGGGCGUCCGGCCGUGCUCGGUGUCGCUCGACUUCAUCGGCAAGUUGAAAUUCCGCAUCCAGCCGCACACCUCCUUCAAGAAGGUCUGGGAGGGACGCGUGGUCUCCAUCCUGGGCGCGCCUUCGCCCUCGAGCAGGGCGAGCGACCCCGGGACUUCGUCUGUGGGGCCGCAGCAGCGCGUUCUCUCCAUCUGGGCCUGCGACCAGCUGGAGGGCCGCCACCGCGGCUUGAUGCGGCGGAACCGCGAGCGCGUCGCCUUUGGGCACGUCGCAUGCAUGGGCGCAGAUAUUUCCAAGGCGAUUUCCGCGGCCGCGUCGUCCUCCGAUGUCGCCGGUCCCUCGCCCCUGUCGCCGCGCCUCUCGUUCUGUCCGGCGGUCUUGGAGAUCACCGACCCGUCUACAUCGGUCAUGUCUGAGAGCCUCGACCUCCAGCGCUUCAUCGACACCUUCUUCCCCCUCCCUUCGCGGUACCGCGUGCUGUGGCGCGGCCCGAGCACGUCCGCUGCCGCCGGCGCUUCGUCCGCUGCCGCCGGCAAGGGGUCGGCGCUCUCUGGGGCGCCGCUCACCCUCUGGAUCGGCGUCCCGCCCUCCUCGCUCUUUGUCUGCGUGGGACUUGCGGCGACCGCCAGUGCGAGCGCGAGCCCGGCGCCGAAUGCCCUGCGGUGCAUCCCUAAAAAGUGGAUUCGCGAGGGCGGGGAGCGCGCGACCUACCUCGGCGAGAAGCGCGCGCACUUCUCGACUUUUGGCUCCGCGGGCGACGCGGACUUGGCGCUGCUGCUAGAAGCCGAGAAGAAGCUCGCGAUGCGGAAACCCGCCCACCGCCGGAACGACGACCUCACGCUGUGGAGCGUCGGCGAAAUGGCGCUGAUGGCCGCGACUGUCGGCGGAGAGGAAGGCCCCAAAGCCGACGAAAACGCGAAGAAAACGCGCUACCCCGUCCCUCUUCCUGGCGCGAGCACAGGAGGCGUCCUCUGGGGCGACUUCGUCGCCCGCUCUUUCCGGCUCGAGCAGGAGUGGCCGCAGACUUCGCCUGGUCACUUGGCGAGUGCUCCGUCCUCCGAGCCCCAGGACCUGCUGACCCAGAGGGAGCCCGAGGCGGACAUCAGCCGAGCCACGGCGCUCAUUCCGCGCCUCGUCCCGAAAGCAAAGGGGGCUUGGUAG